AGCUUUGGAAUUAUCAUGUAUAAAAACAGGUUAGGAGUCAAAUGUUGUUGAAUGCCGGCACGAUGGUCGUCAUGAAGGGCUUAUUAGUUCUGCUUCUCGCUGUAACGUGUGUUGUGUCCAAAUAUGAUCCAGGCUUAAGGGUGAAGUUUAAUGUUGGCUUUAACCCCGGGAACAACUUCUUCUUCAAUGUGCCCCGCACCAUCGCAGCAGCUAUCCAUGACCACUGGUCUCUCACCCCAAGGCCUUCUGGGCCUCUGGCCUCGCUGUCCAUGUACUGUCACCCAGACCUGACAGUUUGCGCCCUCUUUGACGACAACGGCAAGGCCGCUGGAUUACAAAUUGCGUUGGAUCAAACCGAGCUGAAGAAUAAUAAAUAUGACAUGAAACAAACUGGAUUUGUUGAAUGGGCUGUGACUUUGAGAGACGGCAGCAUUCGAAGAUUCUGGGCCAUCCAGAUGUACUUCGUUGACCAAGAAUACCUGAACCUGCCCGCCGCCGACCGCGAGGCUAGUUAUGACGAUUCCAAGUUACUCCAACAAGAUUCUUUGUGGUUGACCGGCUUCAACGGAACUGUGGAUAGAAUUUCCUCCAAAGACUCUGACAUACAGGAAAGUGUAUUCACCAGACAAGCUUGCAUCCCGUGGAUGGGCCGUCACUAUUACCACAAAAUGACAAAAUCGACACAAUGCCGCGCUGAUACCAUGUACCCCUGGUUCCCCCUGACGGACUCCGGAAACCUCAUUGCUGUUGGCAUGAUGGUUAUUGGCAGUUAUCCCGUCAAGGAGUCACGUGAUUGGUUUGAACAUCCUCCGAGAUUAGCGGUUUCGACCAUCGUCCCUGAAGGACCCGAAUGCCUGUAUCAACUAGCUGAAAAUCCAGGAGUAACCACAAUGCAUGUGUACUUCAUCAACACACCCUGGGGUGUCGGAUGCCCGCUUUGGCGUAAAUAAAACAAUUGACAUUCAGUUCAAUGUCAACGAAUAAUUCUAAGUUAAUUAACAUAGACCUGAAAAUAAGAUUUCCUCCCGCUUCUCCUGAAUAAGAAGUAUGUAGUCAAUAUUUUUAAUGUUCUCAGAAAACAUGUAAAAUAAUAAAAUCAAUAAUACUAA